AGUAAACAACGGUGUUACAUGGAAAUAAACUGGAGAUGAAUGCAGUUGUUUAAAACAGUUAUCUUCUUGUUAAUAUUUAAACAUGAGCAAAACUGGGGCUUUAUUACGGAGAACGUUUGGAAUAGUAAAACAGCACAUGGGGACCGAUACUCUCGGAAACAAAUAUUAUUAUAUCCCUGAGCAGAAAACUUGGACAGGACGGACCAUUCGAGCAAAGAGACUGAUGGAGCCAGUGAGUGCGAAGGAAUAUGAAUAUCAAGAAGGAAGCAUUCCAUCUGAAUGGGAUGGUAAUGCUUGGAUAAUGUUUUCAGGGAGAACGAUGUACUGUAUGCUGUGGAGGUCCAUCAUUGCAGACAGAGUGUCAGUGUUGAUGCCAAAGAGGACUUUAAUGGUGGCCAUUUUAGAUAUCAACUUUGACAAACUGUCUACAGUGAAGGACAAUUACAUUUUGCUUCCCAUAUUAAAAAAAAAAAAACAGGUUUCCUCUUUUAUGGUUUUAUGUCUUUGUACAGUUUAUUUGUUUUUUUUGCCAUCAAAGGAGCUUGUAAAAAAUGAUCGAUACAGAGAGCAGAUCAAAUUCCGAGCCAAAGUUGUUGAAGAAAAGGAGAUAUUAAUUCAAGCCAACGAGUACGAGGAAGGGCUCGUGGCUCGACUUGUUCAGACGAAGUUAAAGGACAUGCCUCCGCACCUCUACUACAGGGAGGAACAGCUGUUUGCAGAACCCAGCAGCACUGCCAACACCUUCCAGCCUGGCUCCUGGACCCCUCCCAAGGACCAGAGCACAAGAGCACCACUGGGCUGUCUUGAGACCUGCCAAGAAUCUCUGUAGAACAUGAACUCUGCUCUAUUCUCCUACAGAAAUAUACACUGCAGUGCAGUACUUGGUCAUAGUAAUACUGCAGAGUAGUAUUCUAGUAGGAAUCCCUUUUUGGAAUAAUGUUUGCAAGGGUUACAUGAACUGCUAAUGGUAUUUAUCAAGACAGCAUACAAU